UAAUCCUAGCUGCAGAUCUGACACAUUGGUAGAAACAGGUACAGUGGGAUAAUCUGCAGGUCAGCGUUUACUAUGCAGAGGGAUGAGAGUUUAAUUUAGGACUGGUAACACUUGACAGGAGAAGGUAUAAAAUAACAAAUUAUGCAACCAAAAAGGACUGGGAAAGGACCCGCGUCACCAGUGGUGCUGGUAUUCAUCCCACGCUAAAUCAAGUUGUGCAAUUCCUGUAACAGGAGUCCUGUAAGCGCACCCUUCAAUCCAGACACAUGAAAUCGCCUUUAUUUUACCUACAGACAAAUUCGUGGGAUUCAUUGUAAGGGACACCCUGUACAUGCGUGGACUGCAUUGCAGAAUCAACGAGUCUCUGACUGAAGAUCCGUAGUGAUUUGCUGCAGGUGACUAAUCGGGAUUGACAUGCUGUCGAUGGUGACCGCCGUUGUCUUUCUGUGGAUAUAUGCUGGAGUGGUGUCCUACGCUGCACCUUGCGAGACCAUUAAUAUCCCCAUGUGCAAGAGCAUGCCCUGGAACAUAACCCGGAUGCCCAAUCAUCUCCACCACAGUACGCAGGAAAACGCCAUACUGGCGAUCGGGCAGUAUGAAGAGCUGGUGGACUUCAACUGCAGCCCAGCGCUGCGCUUUUUCCUGUGCGCCAUGUACGCUCCAAUAUGCACCCUGGAGUUCCUCCACGACCCCAUCCGACCAUGCAAGUCGGUGUGCCAGACAGCCCGGGACGGCUGCGAGCCGGUGUUAAGGCGCUAUAACCACAGCUGGCCGGACAGCCUAGCUUGCGAUGACUUACCUGUGUACGACCGAGGUGUCUGCAUUUCACCUGAAGCCAUUGUGACUGAUUUACCUGAAGAUUUUAAAUGGGUUGAUUUUUCCAAGGAUGUUGCAUUGGACCGACCACAAAUUUCAGAUUGCAAGAAUCCUGAUCGCUGCAAAUGCCGAAAAAUAAAAGCAACUUUAAAUACAUAUAUGGAAAAAAAGUACAAUUAUGUUAUCCGUGCAAAAGUUAAGAGUGUAACUCGAAGCGGCUGCCAGGAGAUUACAACCGCGGUAGAAGUGAAGGAAAUUUUCAAGGCUUCUCUCCCCUUCCCGAGGGGCGACGUCCCUCUGAUCACCAAUUCCUCAUGCUCCUGCCCGCAGCUGCAAGCCAACCAGGAGCUUAUCAUCAUGUGCUAUGAGUGGCGCUCCAGGCUGAUGCUGCUGGAUGGAUGUCUGGUGGAGAGGUGGAAAGACCAGUUUGUAAAAAGAUACAAGCGCUGGGAACAACGACUGCAGGCGCAACGUCACAAAGGCGCCAAAUUCACCACCAAGGAUCUGAGCUCAUCCACGGGAAGCUCAGCAAAAGUCGGUAGAACAAAAAACACACAGAAAGAUGGCCGGCAGAGGAGAACUUGACUCUUUCUGGCAUAGCAGGAAUAUAGCCGGUAUCCCCAAACAUCGUUAGGCAGUCUCACCAUCGCAGUAAUCCCAUUUAUCAGCUAACAGAAGUUUGCACUAUUCCUAUACACUUACAGUAUUCAUACGUAGUAUAUAUUUAGGUUUUGUAACUGGAAGACAAUUCCUGCUGUUUCUGCAUCAUGCUAUAUGCCACCUGUGAGUGUCAUUAUAAACAUUUCUUAACAUUUAUUUUUAUCAUUUUUUAAAAUUUGAUCUCUUGCUUUUAAGACAACUGUGUUGUUUAGCAUUCAGACUGGUUUCUGUUGUCGACAAUAAAAAAAAUAUCGCUUAUGGUUGAGCCUGAGAAUACCCUACACCUUGAUCUUGCAAAGCAAAGAUGGAAAGCAAAUGCAUGCUUAGCACAAACUUUUUAUUUGAUUGUUUAUCCCUGGGCUCAGAAAAUGCAUAUAUAUUUAGGCUAGCUAUAAAGUAAGCUUACUGAAAGACAGAAUGAUUGUUGUUAGUGUGGUGUUUCAUACUGAAUUUGUGGAAAUCUCAGACCUUAACCACUUUUUAUCACUGUCCCUGGAGGAUACUAAAAUUGUGUAUAACAACUUUUGUUAUAAGCAAAAUUUAUACUUCACUUUAAAAUUAGGGAAUCAGUCAUUAAAAACAACCAGUCUUUGAAUUUUAAAUUUCCAUACAUAUAUCUAGACUAUUUACCUUCUGCCACAUAAGGGCAGAGAAAUUCAGAGGCUUCAUUUUCUUCCUCAGAAGACAGAAACUGUUUAUUUUAAAAGGAUACUUAGACACAUUUUAAAUGUACAUGAAUGACAUAUUUCCACAAGCUAAUUCAACUGGUAAUUGCUACUAUUUAAUGCAUAAUUCGCAUUGCCUAUUAACCGUGGUAACUUUUUUAGUUGUAAUUAUGUAUUAUCUAUGUAUUUUUAUUUGCUUUUGCUGCUAAACAGUGAAGACAAGGGAAUUCAUGUAUUCCAUUAUGAGCAUGCAUGUAUUUUUGCUUCCGUACUGGCAUAUGUUCAUUUACAUAUGAGCUUACAAAUACCUUGAUUGUUACAUAAGGUGGAGUAGUGCUAGAAUGUAAUAUCGGAUGACCCAUGUCAGGAUCAGAUUAAUGCAAAGGUUAUCCUAAGGCAUGACUGCACUCCAAUCACUAGAAAAGACUCACACUGAUCCAUUUGACUAGUGUGAUGCUGAGGUAUUACCUGCCACUUGACUGCAUUCGGGUUCUCAUUCCUGAGGUGGUUAGUCGUGUGGCAGGUGUGGCAACGCACUGGAAUCAGUGUGUGCUCCUUACCUCCUCCUCCUCCUAUCCCAGGGCUCCGGAACCCAUCUGGAACCCUGCCCAACCUUGGGAGAAAUGGGAUUGAUAGUUAAAUCAGGAAAACCCUGAGUAUGCAUGUUCAUGUGAGAUUAGAACCCCCAGAUAAAUUAAUCUACCCCUUACUCCAGCUCUGGCACCACAUCCAUCUUGGCACUGCAUUUUGGAGAUAAUGCUGCCAGAAUGAUUUUUGUGAACUCAAUCCAGCCACAGAUAAGACAGGCUUGCUGAGCGAGCCAUGCAGCCGUGAUCCUUGUGUUACGUUUGGACCUUUUGAAAAAGGGAGUUGCCAUUUAUUUGAACAUUUUAAAUGUUAUGGCACGUUAUGCAAUUCUGCUGCACAAUGAAAGAUCUUCCAUAUGACUUUCUGAUUUACAUACAAUGUAAUACUCUGGUUCAGCUUACAGUGAAAAAUGGCUUGUAGCAGAAUGCUGAAUUCCUGCCUCCAUUUCAAACUCACUGUUUUUUUUUUAAUGAAAAAUGAGGCCUUUUGUGUUUUUGUAAUAAUAAAAAAUUGUUAUGCCAUAAAUAAACUAGAAAUAAAACACAGUAAAUGGUAUAAGCAAAAUCCCAUGCCAAUAUAAAUUUUAUAUGCAUCAUAAAUGACAGUUAAGGUGCCAGGAUGAAAUUAAUGUUGACAAAAUAUAUAAAGUCAUAUAUAAAGAGAGAAGAAGUAACUAACAAUUCCAGUUAACUACACAUGUAUGCUUGUUAUUUGUAAUUUGAAAGAAUUUUUAGGUACAUUGAUUUUAAAGCUGGCUUUAUUGCAUGCAAAUGUUUUAUACCUUGAACAAAACUGCUGGAACAGCUUUUUAAAUGCCAUUUCCCAUUUUUUACAGUUUCUUGUAAUUGUUUGUUGUUUCUACUAAAGUUCACAUUUUUAAAAGUAUGCUUGGGGAAAAAAAACCCACAUCUCCUCUCCUUGUUCAUUCCUUCCAUGGCUAAUUUGGUGUAAACACUUCUAAAAUAAAGCUAUCUUGUAUCAGUA